AUGAAGUGGUGCCAUUUACAACUGCUGCUGAUCAUCGGUGGUGCAUUGGUGCUGGGAACUCAGGCACUGGGUGGUGCUGGCCUUGGCAUUGGUGGUGGAGCUGGUGGAUUUGGUGGCUUCGGUGCUGGCGGCUUUGGCAGCUAUCGAGAGACGGUGCGAGUUAGAGGACGUGGAUUCGGAGGCGGUGGCUUCAAAGGCUUUGGCGGUGGACUUGGAGGCGGUGGUUUUGGAGGCGGUGGUUUUGGCGGCGGUGGUUUUGGCGGCGGUGGUUUUGGAGGCGGCCGUUUUCACGCCAGAUACGACAAGAAGGUGUCCGGUGGCUUUGCUGGCCUUGGCGGUGCAGGUGGUGCGGGCUUCUUGGGAGCAGGCGGUGCUGGAUUCCUCGGUUAA